UUAUUAUUUUCUUUCCUUUACUUGAGUAAAUUCUUCGUGUAACAUAAUAACCCAUACAACCUUUACGCCAAGCUACGUGUCUCCCUUAAAGAGUAUUGAUUUACAAUAAAAAAAAAUAUGUGCUUUUAAUAAAUUUAAUCGAAGCGGGUGAAACGGUUCGAGAGCUUUAUCGGUUGACCACUAGGUAGCAGAAUAACCUUGAUCGACAGUUUUAUUUAGAUUUGUAGGAGUGUAGUUCGCAGUGUUUCGCACACAAUCAAACAUUCAGGAAAACUCGGCAUGAAGUAACCAAUAAGCGAUUUGCCAGUCUAAUCGUUCCGACGUCAUUGCAUAACUCGCGUUGCUUUUUAAACCAAUUAUUUAAUGCGCUACGUGCAAUGAUUUUGCACUUAGAGGCGUUUUCCGAUCGAUGUCACGCGUGUGUAGUGACGCCGACCGAAAAUGCGAAUGGGCGUAAUAACGCCGGCAAGUUCUGCAAAUUGGAUGCACUUCAGAACUAACCUAAGAAAAAAAUUCACCGUGUUGUUUUAAGAUAAGAAAUUAUUGUAAAAAAAAAGCAUGAACCUCUAUUCGUCCCCGUUUUAUCGAAUUUCGUCGUCGAUAUGUUUGACGUUGUCGCUCUGGUGUGCAACGUCCGUAAUAAUUUACGUAUAGGUUAACUCACGGCAGCGUCCAUAGACGUUUACAAUCUGUCAUUUAGAGUCGACAUUUUGUAAAUCAUAUUGUAAUGCAUAAAUAUAAAUAUAGAGCUGACGUUUUAUUGAAUAUAGCACGACUUUUGCCAUGUAUUUUAUAAUAAUUACAACUCCUGAAACGUUCCUGUUAACCAAUAUCGGAUCUUGCAAAUUCGAAGCAUUUAAGAAUGAAAUCAAUUUCAUUUUGGAGUAAGUUUUGAAUUUGUGUACUUGUAAAAUUGAAAUAAGAAUAGGAUCAUUACGAUGCAUUUAUGAUCAAAUGGCAUGCGGUUCUAUAUAUGAAAAAUAAUGUUUAAAAUCAGUGUAUAUUGGAGUAUAACCUGAUUGCAUUAAAAAUGCAAGCCAAGAAGCGCUACUUACUAUUAUUUGUAACAUGUGCGUUUCUUGGUUAUUGUUAUUUUGGUGGUUAUCGAUUAAAAAGUGAAAGAUGGACAGGCAGAUCUCAGUUGCCUUACGAGCGAUUGCCUUCGUAUUUAAGUCUAAAUGAAGAGUUCUAUGACAAGGAUUUGAGAACGUCAAAUGGAAACCCACUUGUGUCUCAACGUAUAAGACAAUGCCGUAUGGAGACUUGUUUUGACUUUACCAGAUGCAAGCAAGGUUUCACAGUAUAUGUGUAUCCAGUUGAAGAUGUGAUAAGUCCACUAUACCAAAAAAUAUUGAAUGUUAUUACGGAAUCAAGAUAUUAUACAUCAGAUCCAACUCGAGCAUGUAUAUUUGUAUUAGCUCUUGAUACAUUAGACAGAGAUCCAUUAUCAACAGAAUUUGUGCAUAAUCUUCCUUCAAAAUUAAUGCGUUUACCAUAUUGGAAUAAUGGCAGAAAUCAUUUGAUAUUUAAUUUAUAUUCUGGAACAUGGCCUGAUUAUGCAGAAGAAUCAUUAGCCUUUGAUUUAGGAUAUGCAAUACUUGCAAAGGCUAGCAUGUCUAUUUUUAGGCAUAGACCAGAUUUUGAUAUAUCUAUACCACUGUUUGGAAAACAACAUCCAGAGCGUGGUGGAGAACCAGGUCAAGCAUUAGAAAAUAAUUUUCCUAACAAUAAAAAAUACGUUGCAGCUUUCAAAGGUAAAAGAUACGUCCAUGGUAUAGGUUCUGAAACUAGAAAUGCUCUCUAUCAUUUACAUAAUGGCAAGGAUUUAGUAUUUGUCACAACUUGCCGCCAUGGUAAAGCAUGGAGGGAGUUACAAGAUGAGCAUUGUCAACAAGAUAAUCAAGAAUAUGAUAUGUAUGAUUAUGAAAUUUUACUAAUGAAUGCUACCUUUUGUCUUGUACCAAGAGGAAGAAGACUUGGUAGUUUUCGAUUUUUAGAAGCUUUAAGAGCAGGGUGCAUUCCGGUUAUUUUAAGUAAUGGCUGGGCGCUUCCUUUUCACGAACGAAUUGAUUGGACACAAGCUGUUAUAUUUUCUGAUGAAAGACUGCUACUUCAAAUUCCAGAUAUAGUACGGUCUGUGUCCAAUGUACAUAUUCUUAAAUUGCGACAGCAGACACAAUUUCUCUGGGAACGAUACUUUUCGUCAAUAGAAAAAAUUGUAUUUACAGUAUUUGAGAAUAUUCGCGAGCGUUUGCCAUGGGAAGGUACAAGAGAAAAACUUGUUUGGAAUACUAGUCCUGGAGCGUUAACGAUAUUACCACAAUUUGCUGAUAGUCAGCAAGAACUUCCAUUUUCAAAAAGUAAUCCAGGUAAUACCUUCACUGCCAUCAUAUACUCGCAGUUGGGAUCCACUGCUGUUCUAUAUCGCCUGCUUAAGAGUCUCGCGAAAAGUAAAUACGUAGAUAAGAUUAUUCUAAUGUGGAACUCGGACAUUCCGUUACCAAGAAGACCACGAUGGCAAGGGAUCAAAGCAUCAAUACAUGUCGUUACAGUCGAUGGCAUAUCCCAACGUUUCUAUCCUCACCCAUUAAUCAAAACUAGUGCCAUAUUAUCUCUAGACGAAGAUGCCACACUCAAUACAGAUGAAAUUGAUUUCGCCUUUACGGUAUGGCGAUCAUUUCCUGACCGAAUAGUAGGUUACCCAGCAAGGUCACACUACUGGGAUGACUCUAAACGUUCAUGGGGCUAUACAAGUAAAUGGACAAAUGAUUAUAGUAUAAUUCUAACUGGUGCCGCCUUUUAUCAUCGUUAUUAUAAUACGUUAUAUACUGAAUUACUGAGUUCGACACUUCACAAGACUGUCGAGCAAUCGCAAAAUUGCGAGGACAUACUUAUGAAUUUUUUAGUAAGUCAUGUUACACGAAGACCACCUAUCAAAGUAACUCAAAGGAAAUUGUAUAAAGAUACUACAGUGGCUGGAAUCAGAUCCCCAUGGAAUGAUCCAGAUCACUUUAUACAACGGCAAACGUGCAUGAAUACAUUCGUAGCCGUUUUUGGGUAUAUGCCGUUGUUACGAUCUAAUAUGAGGCUCGACCCUGUUUUGUUCAAAGACUCUGUAAGCAACUUGCGCAAAAAGUAUAGGCAAAUUGAAUUAGUUAGUAACUAGAAUUAUACAGGAUAUUUUAUCAGUUAUGCAGUUAUUUACCCUCGAAACGGGCAUCCUAUAUAUAGCCUCGAAAUAUUUCUAUUAAAUAGUAUGUGGCGCAUAUUGCUAAUUACAGCCGCGUGCGCGCGCUAGAGGCUAUUCAAAAUAUAUAGGAAACACUUACAUUGUUGUAAGUAUGAAGCCAUUGUGUCUCAGUGGUUAUCAGGCAGCAAAUUAAGGUCUUUCAUUCUUGAGGAAUGACCAUACUCUGCGCUUCGCAAAAAUUUUGUACAAAGUAUGGGAUAUCUUGUAAUAUUGUUCGAGUCUAAUUCGAGCCACGGCGUACAACCGUUGUUGUGUAUAUUGCCGUGUUCAAUUGAUGUACAUACGAAUCGUUUCAUAGUUACUAAUAAAAUGGGAAAAAUAAAAAAAAAAUAAAUAAAUAAAAAUAAAAAGAGAACGAACAUUAUUUGACAAAUUCUUCGACUUUUUAAAACCGGCCUUUGGAAGCUACACGAAGCAUUCUAAUCAUAGUCAAUUGAAAUCGCUCGAAACCAAAUUUAUCAAACGCUUACUUUUCUCUAAUCGUUGAAACAAUAAUUAUCUUGCAGAUAAUAUUUUAUAUAAACCAGACGAAAAUCACGUAGCUGUGUCGGAUUGAGUCUUGAAAAUAGUAGCCUCAGGGAUGGAUCUAUUUAAUGCGAGAACUGAAAUGCAGCUUACAAUUUCGUGGACUAUCUGAGAGCUAUUGAUGAUAAUUUUGUUAUUUUUACACAUAAAUUGCAAUAAUCCAUCAACAAUAAUUAACGCUGCUAUUCUUUCAAGUUUCAAAGAAGUCAAUGCUUGUCUCCGUUCAAGGUUCAUCGUUGUAGUGAAUGUAAAUUUGCGUAAAACAUUUCAUUUGUUUCUCAAUGUGUACAGAACUCCGUACGUUCGUAGUUUCUCUAUGUGUCUGAAGCACAGAUUAUUCGUAAAUUGUAAUCAAAUAUGUAGAAAGUAUUUCAAGGUUUUACGUAUUGUUGUAUAUGUAUACAUACAGAUGUUGCGUAUUUUCUUUUUUGUUCUUCGCGAAUACGUGUACAGUUCGAUCGCUCUCAGGUUCGACCUUUGAAAGGAAGUAAGAAAUUACUUGUGACAAUAUCGCAAGUAUGUCUAGUCGUUUAUGUUCAUUUAUAUUGGUACAUCCAAGAGAUAAAGUACAUGAUCCACGUAGAUAAACUCGAUGCCGUAUUUGUGUUUCCACGAUAUAAGAAAUGAAAAUAAUGUACAUAUAUAUGUGAUACAUUUAUAAUUAUCAUGUGAUAUAUUCGUAAUUAUCGGAUGCAGGAUUAAAAAGGACUGUGUAAUUCCACCAAUGGCAUUUUUUAACCGCGGUUAUAAUAUAUACGUUAUGGGAAAUGUUAUAUUUUUUAUCAUGUCGCUGAUUUUGAUAACGAAGAGGUCAGCAGGAACGAAGUUUUUUUCUUUGUUCAUUUUUUAUUCGACAUAAUUGUUGCUAUUUAUCGACAAGAAGAAUAAUUCUGAUUCUUCUUUCCUGCAUACUCUUCACCCUACGAAUUUAACUAUGUACGGGACUGUGCAAAAUGGUCGCUUUUAUUCCGAACAAAGUUACUCGCAAUAGUUUUGCGUUUGUUGCGGUAUCGAACAUUAACUGUUUAAUUCUAACGAAAAGGUAUUUUAACGUUGACGUAGUUUUCAUUAUAAUUCGAAGCUGAUCGUCAAAUGUAAUCUUGUUGCGUCAAAAGUAACGUGUGUUUGAACAAAUAUUGGUGAUUUUAUAUGGCCGAGAAAAUAAAGUUUUUAUACAAACCUACAA